AUGUCGUCCUCGAAUCUCUACCGACCACUCAGGCUGGGCAAAUAUGAGCUCAAGCAUCGCGUUGUUAUGGCGCCUCUCACCAGACUCUUCACAGAUGAGAACCACGUUCAACCGCCGUUAGCGGUAGAAUACUAUGCCCAGCGCGCUUCCGAAGGUGGUCUUGUCAUUGCUGAAGCUACUGUUGUGUCUUUAGAACUCGGAGGCGGCAAGCAUACUCCUGGUAUCUGGACGCGUCAACAGAUUGCACGGUGGAGAGAGAUCACAGACGCCGUGCACGCCAAUGGAGCCCACAUCUUCCUCUCGAUCGACUCUCUCGAACCUUUGGCAGACGCAGCUCUCUCGGCAGAUAACAGAGGCCGCCAGUCCAGCGAAAUCAACGACGGCCUGUCCCUCAAGAGGUGCGACUCACCUUCCGAAUCACUCCCCCAUGUAUUGGACGAAGAAGAAGUCAAGUCGACGACCAGAGCAUUCGUUCAGGCAGCAAGAAAUGCCAUGGCCGCUGGGUUCGACGGUGUCGAGGUUGGUGCCAACGGGUACUUCAUCUACCAGUCCUUGCACCGGCACACAGAUAAGUAUGGCGGCCAUGUCGAGAGUCGUGUCCGAUUCGCCCUUGAGGUGACAACCGCGAUCGCGGAUGCCAUAGGUGCUGACCGGGUUGGGUUCCGCAUGAAUCCUUCUAGCGCUUUCCGCAUGUCCAGCCUUGCGCCCGAGUUCUCUUGCCUUACCCAGAAGCUGAGGGAGCUCAAGCUGGCUUACAUCCACAUCAUCAAGUCGCAUGCCAUCACCAACCUCGAAUGCGACAAGUACGAAGGUAUUAAGCCUUUCCUCGCCAUCUGGGGUCAGUCCUCGCCCGUCCUUAUCGCUGGAGAUUUCACACCCGAUUCAGCUAAAAGCGCCCUCGAUACCGAAUACCCCAAUAGCGACGUUGCUCUAGUUUUUGGUCAACACUUCCUGGCAGUGCAAGAAGCAAAAUCAUCGGGCAGCCCUCUAGGCUCACAGAUUUCAGAGCUCAGGAGCCUGAACGCCAGCUUUUACACUGGUUUUGUAUGA